AUGUUCUCAAAGUGGCCACUCCGUGAAGACCCCCGCAAUCACUGUGUUCCGAUUUUGGACCUAUUCGAGGACGAAGAUGAUCCUUCUCAUUCUUACAUGGUCAUGCCAUACCUUCGGUGUAUUGACGAUCCCCCAUUCGAGAUGUGUCAAGACAAGGAGCUUCCUGAGUUGUCUGCCGAAGACCCGUACGAUCCUUUCAAAGUGAACAUUUUUAUCCUUGGAAUUGUAUUUCGCAGGGAAUUGUACGAUAAAUACUCUAAUGUCGGCUUCCUCGUGCCCCUCAUUACCGCAAUGAUCCCCGCGCAUCCUGCUCUGAGACCUGACGCAGCUGAAGCACUCGCCCCCAAGCAAAUCCGGGGCAGUAUUUGGAAUGUUCAUAAGUUCUGGAGACUUAGGGAGCGUCAACACCCGUUUUUGAUGAAUCACCUUCUCGAUGCCGCGAGUUUGGCAUGGCGACCGUAG